AUGCCCUCCCUGUUUGAGCGUAUCAGCAAGAACUUGGUCAAAGAGAUUGGAGCCGAAGACCUGAGGCCCAUAAGAUCCCUGCAGAGCGCCAGCAAAUACCGAGUGCUGUCAGUAUUACGGAAGAAGAGGACCCGCUCAAGGUUCUGGGAAUCACCUGACGUUCCGGUAGAGUACACGCUCACGGACUUCCUGGAGCCAGGCUCUUCAGUCCCGGAAUUUGAUGUCUCAGGACCGUUUCACCUCAGCAAUGCUGCGGGCCAGAAGCGGAAGGCUUCUGCCAACGUGACUGCUGGGCUAGAAGCGAGGGUGUCAGGGGAAGCCACUGAAUGCUGUGGAUCCUCCCUUCAGUUCCAAGUUGUUCGUAUCCUGACCCAUAAAUGGAAAGACCUUCAAAAGAGGAAAGUGCUGGAUCCAAAGCUGUUACUGAUGGUGAAGUCCCAGGACAGAGGAAACAAUUUCUAUGUGGUGACAGAGACCGUGGAGCUGACCCAGACUACUGAGCUGCAUGACAGCGGAAGUGUGACUGCUACGGGAAGUUGCUCAAUCCCUUGGACUCUUUUGGUCAAGGGUCAAUGCCAGGGAGAGGUUCACAAAGUGACAGAGAAGAUGCUGACUCUGUCACAGGGCACAGUGUUGGCCUACAAGAGGAAGCGGCUGUUUUUUGAGGCGAAUGGCUGGGAUAUUCUCACCCUAGACGACUACAAGCCGAAAACCUUUCCAGGACGCACCUUGGUGUUCAAGUCGGGAGACUCAAAAUGGUUCAGGGGUUUUAUCCCGUUACCAGCAGAAUUUGAGGACCUACGGCAGGAGAUUUUCUGGGAAAUGGAGGCCCUGUCCCUGCUCGCACGGGACGCUCAGGAUGCUAUACUCCAUACGAUCCUGAACAUGCUUGGGAACCAAGAGGCUUUGCAGGACCUCAUGGAUGAGCUGGAUAGGAACCCCUGGGAUCCUCCGGAUAGCUUUGGUGGCAAAAUCUUAAAUGAGAUGCAAGAGGACAUAAGAGACCUAUGGAUCCAGGAAAGAUUUCACAUCACUUACCUCCUUGAAGCCAUAAUGGUGCUGAGUGACACCCAACGUGACCUGCUCGCCCAGUCCAUGAAGAAGAGGAUCCUGCUCCAGCAGCAGGAGCUGGUAAGGAGCAUCCUGGAGCCCAACUUCAAAUACUUCAAGGAUAUCCCCUUCACCCUCAAACCUGAGCUCCUUGCCACACUCCAGGACGAGGAUUUGGCCAUCACCUAUGGCCUUCUGCAGGAGUGUGGCCUGAAUAUGGAGCUGAACAGCCCCAGUUCAACCUGGGAUCUGGAAGACAAGCAGACUCUGUCUGCCCUGUAUGGGACCCUCUCCCUGCUGCAGCGGCUGACAGUCAGUCCAGAGAGGCCUGGCCUCGCCGCAGUCUAUGCUGGGAGCAUCCCUGAUGAGCUCAGGGGCCCAAAAGCCACCACUUCUGGCGUUCCGGGUAGCAUGGAGCCAGGAAUCAGCACACCUGAGGGAACGUUCUGA